GCUGUUCUCAAUGACGCUCCGCUUUUAUUGUGAAGGACUAGGCCGGAAGCGAUGUUGUUGUUGUUGGCGGAAAAAGCUAACCGAGUUGAUAUGGCGGAGUAACAGACAAUAACAGAUGGCUUCUGACGGCAGUCUGAGGCGGAUGGAGCGGCGGCGUCCAGCCCGGGGAGACGUUUGUCCUCUGCGGUGUAAGUCUUUAAGGACGAAUGCCAUCUUCAAACAGGAGAGAACAGCUGAAGUAAACUGUGACGUCAUGAUGACACGUGAACACGUCAGCUGUUUGAAUAAAGUUUGGUUGAAUUCCCCCAUCGACGCGUUGACCAGUGAGGCCAGCGAAGACGAGCUGGGACGACUGGACAUCGACCUGGACAGGAAGUCCAGACAGCUCAACCUGACGUCCAGCAACGUGCGCGCCAUCCUGCACGAGGUGAUUACCCAUGAGCGCGUGGUGGCCAUGAUGAAAACUGCCAUCAGAGACACUCAGGACCUGCCCAUGUUCGAGCAGCAGAUGACUCGAUCCAAACUGAAACAGGCCGUUCAGCAGGGACAGCCACUGAACUGGAGUCUGUCAGCCAUGAACACAGCCACACUCAAGCCUCCUCAGUUUGUGGACAUCGAUCUUGAGGAGGAUGAAGACUCGUCAGAUGAAGAGUAUUGUCCAGAUGAGGAAGAGGAGGAGGAGGAAGACACAGCCGAGGAGACCUUCCUCAGUGAUGCAGACAGCUUGACUUCACCUCCCAGAAAGCAUCAGGGCUCUCAACCCAAACAUCUGGCAGACCACAGGACCAAUGAACCCCCACAGAGAUCUACAGGACACCUGGGGGUACAGGUGAUGACCUCUGCCUGCGCUUCUCAUCACCUCCUCACUGCUCCUGAGUCUUCCUUCCUGGAGAGACUGAAUGCUGUGGAGGAGGAGCUGGACUGCAGCCCUGCUUUCACCUAUAAUCAGUCUCUGGAAAGAAAAGCCGAUGAUGAUGGUGAUGGUGGUCAUGAAGGCUCCAGCGGUUUGGCGUACCGCACACGCUCCAAACUACGUCUGGUUAACGUUCCUCUGGGUCAGCUGGAGGCGGAGCUUCUGGCCCCUGACAUCACCGCUGACAUGUACGAGCAUAGCGCUGCCCAGCGGGAGGAGGACCGUCAUUGGACGAAGUGGCUGCGGGGUCUCAUGGCCCCCGACAGUGAAGAGGAAGCCGAUGACGAUGACGACCCAGAGUACAAUUUCCUGGAGGACCUCGAUGAACCCGACCUGGAGGACUACAGGACAGACCGGGCUGUACAGAUUACCAAGAAAGAAGUGAAUGAGCUGCUGGAGGAGCUCUUUGAUACACUCCAGGAGGAGGAAGCAGCAGCUGAGGAGCAGCAGGAGGAGGAGGUGCCGUCACAGAAUGGACCCAAAUUCAACAUCCCGCCAGCUUUACGUUUUGAAGCACCGUUAGCCAGCAUGUUGACAGAGCGACGGCGAACGGUCAGGAAACAGUAUGAAGCUCUGCAGCAGAGGAGAGCCCUGCAGGACACGACCAAUCAUCAGCGUGAAAACACAAACCUGAAGGACAUGCCCAGCUCACAACCUGACACCGUCACCGCCGUCUUAGUCCUGCAGAGCCGGGUCUACCCCACUCUCCGCCUGGACCACACCCAGAAAUUGCAGCUGCAGCAGCAGAUACAGCAGCAUGUGCAGCUGCUGACUCAAGUUCACCUGCUGACUCGCCAUGUGGACGCCCUGAACCACGAAACCAGCAUCACCAAACACUACCUGGAGGAGCUGCAGCAGUUUGCCGGACGUCGGGAGGAGCUUCUUCUCUCCAGCAGUUUCAGAGUGUGUAACCUGCAGGAGGCGCUGGAUCUCCUGCAGGAGGAGGAGCAGAGGGCCGAGCCUCCUGCUCCUCCUCCUACUCCUGCUGCCUCUGGACGCUGGCUCCCCAGGAUGACUCCUGCGACCAACAGCCUCGCUUUCCCUCUGAUGCCCGCCGAUGCGGCCUGGCUGUUCGCCACACGUCCUGUCUUCCUUUACACAGAACUUCUUCCUGUCUGCUGUCUGGACCCCACCAUCCAGACCCGACAACGGCGGAGUGUUUACACCGCAGGAGAGGACGGUUUGAUUGUCCUGGGUCUGAAGCACUUCGAGGGGGCGGUCCAGUCGGAUCAGCUGAUCAGCACCUUCCUGCUCUGCAAGACUCGGUGGAACUUCAGGAAACACGUCAGAGAGAUGAGCGGGCCAAGAGCACCGCACGGCAGCGUCAUCAAGACAUUCCUGACGCAGCGAGUCGUCCCCCCGCUGCCGCUCGCCUGCAGCAGAGUUCAUCUGGGAGAGCAGCACCCCCCGGUGGACAGAGACACCGCCAACAUGCCAAACUGGCUCAAGAACAGUCAGCUGAUCAUCCAGAAGACCCUGCUCACCUCCACCUGUUACCCCCCCUCCCUCCCCUCUGGCUGCACCCUCAGGCUCCACCCCCACUGGCUCAACAAGUCAGGCCACGCCCCUCCCCCCUCCCACAGACGCCUCUUCGCCUUGGCCCACAAUGCAUCUCUGCUGCCUCUCGCCAAAGCCCCAGCAGACAGAAAGCCAAUCAGCAUCCUGCCCCUCCCCCCUCCAGGUGUCACGUUACUCUCUGACCCCCCCACUUUGUCAGGAGUUCUGCCUCCCACUUGUGGGGCCGUUCCCACAGUACCUGCCCAUCCCGUGUGUGCUGACAUCAUCCCGUCCUGCCUUCCUAUUGGCCAGAGGACGCAGAAGAGCAAAAACGGCAUCCCCGUCUUCCUCCCCCUGCCCUCCCCUCCCAACCCUGACACUACAAAUCCCAGAAUGCCAUGCUCAGCUAACGCUGUGAAGCCUGGGUACAUCCUCCUCCAGAUGGUGUGGACUCCACCCACUGUCACCCCCCAGCAUGCUCUUGGGCAACAGCUCCACGGAUCAAUCAAGGAGGAGCAAGAGGAGGAGAGACAGGUGGGGGAGGUGAGACAGGUGGGGGAGGAUAGUUCAGCUUCAACAUCAACACUGAGCCCGGCGUCCUCCUGUGCAGGAGAGCAGGAGGAUUGGACCCCUUGGGGGGUCUGUUUGAACGGAGGAGGGGAGGAUGAGGGGAGGGAGGAAGCAGGUGGGGUAGGAGAGGGAGAGGACGAGGAGGGACAGAGGGAGGACGGGGGAGGAGAGGGGGAGGACGAUGAUGGAGACAAAGAUAAGGAUGAAGAUCAGGACCGGCAGGGUGAGGAGGAAGAGGAGGAGGAUUUUGAUGACCUCACACAGGAUGAAGACGAGGAGGAAGUGAUGUCAUCAGCGUCAGAGGAGUCUGUGCUGUCUGUUCCAGAGUUACAGGAGACCAUGAAACAACUGACCUGGCUGGCGGCGGAGCAGCGGCUCUGUGCAGACGGCGACUCGGAGGAAGACCACUCUCCGACCUCAGCUGGCUCUCAGGAGGAGGAGGAGGAGGAGGAAGAGGAGGGGCCUAAAGGGGAGGAGUCCGGAGAGGGGGGGAGCAGUAAGGCUGGAGGAGACGAGGAGACGCCGUCAGGAGAGGGGACACCCAGAGGAGGAGGGAGAUGUCCUGGACGAGGACGAGGUCAAAGCCGACCUCUUCGCGGUCUGAGGCGGAGUCGCCAGGGGCGUCACAGUAAAGACGCCGCCAAACUGUUACUGCUGUAUGAUGAAAACAUCCUGAACAACGACCCACACAGAGAGAGCAAAGAUGUGGCGUUUGCCCAGGGUUACCUAAACAGGGUGCGUGAGGCGCUGCAGGACGUACCUGGACAGGUAGAGGAGUUUGUGUCUCUGCUGAACAACUUCGAGGAUGUGGGAGAAGGACAGGAAGUGAGGCUGUUGUUCAGGAAGCUGCGCUGCAUCCUGGGAGACCGGAUGGACCUCCUCAGAGAUUUUGCAGCUUUCCUGCAUCCUGAGCAGGCGCUGCAGUGUGGACUGUUUGAGGAACAGCAGGCGUUUGAACGCAGCCGUCGUUUCCUGCGACAGUUAGAGAUCAGUUUUGGAGAUAAUCCGUCUCAUUAUCAGAAGAUCAUCAAAGCUCUGCAGACCGGUCCAGACCUGAGUCCAACCAGCAUCCACGAGCUGAAGGCUCAGAUGGCCAUGCUGCUAAAAGGCCACACCCAUCUCCAAGCUGAAUUCUGGGUAUUUUUUGACGAACUCCGCCCCACUCCGGCCCGCCCGGGACAGUUUGAAGAAGCUCAUUGGCCGGAGGACGGGGGCGGGUCAGACUGCGGAGAGGGCGUCGGCCUUUUGUCGGGAGGUGGAGUCGGCAGCGGCUUUGAGGAAGUGACGCUUCCAGAGCUGGAGGAAGAAGAGGAGGGGCAUAAGAUCCAACCAAUUACGAGCCGGCGACAGAGGAGGAAGCUGGACGCCCACAGAAACUACAAGGACUGUGAUUGGUCAGAUAACCGCAGACACCGCAGGAAAGGAUGCUCCCACUGCCACGGCAACAAGACCCCAGGGGGCGUGUCCAGAGCCAUGAAGAGUCUCGACCCUCUGUACGCUCAGAUAAGCCCCGCCCACGAUGACCGAGGGGACAAAGACCUGAAGGGGAUCGAGGACAGCCCACCGCCAGAUCGCACUGGUGCAUCAUGGGAAGGCUCGUUCCCUCUGAUGGAUGAGGAGGAGGAGGAGCUGGAUGACGAUGAAGAGGAUGAAGAUGAAGAGGAGAGAAAGACCACUGAGAAUGAGCCGGGCCCAACAGUGAAGAGGAGCAGGAGAGAGGAAGAGGGAGGCUGCAGAGCCUCCUCUGUCACCCCUAACACCUCCUCAAACCCCUCAACCUUUUCUAUUUUCUCCAUCACCUCCUCUUCCUUCCCCUCUACCACCUCCUCCUCCAUGAUCUCCUCUCUCUCUGUUCCUCCUCGGCCCAGUCCUCUUCCUGACCUCCCCGUCUGUGCCAAGAACAUUUCUCUGACAGCAAGCGGAGAGAAGGUCAUUCUCUGGACCAGAGAAGCGGACCGAGUCAUUUUGACGACGUGUCAGCAGGAAGGAGCCAAUCAGAGCACGUUCCAGGCCGUCUCAACGCUUCUCAGCAACAAAACUCCGAGCGAGGUCUCUCGCCGGUUUCGAGAUUUGAUGCGUUUGUUUCGGACGGCGGCUCGUCAGACCGGCUCCGAGGACGAGGCUCUGCCCACUGAGCCGGCAGCAGCCUAUGAGGAAGCAGACUGAUGAAAACCAAUCAGAAGAGCCGCAGGUUGUUUGAUAUUCGCAGGAUUUUUAUUGUGAAUGGAUUCAGAGAUGUUUUUUACUGUAAAUAAGAAAAUAUCAGAUUAUUUAAUGUUUUUCUAAAGAGAGGAUUUUUUUUUCCUUUUGCAAUAAAAUAAGUUUUUCAUGAA